GGAUAACGAGAAAGACGAUAACCUCACACUUUCCUUCUCCCACGGCAAUGGCGGCCGUAGCGGCGGCUCCACGGCCGCAGCUCCCCAUGCUAUCUGGCGGCGGCGGCGCGGCACUUUCCAGUCUCACCCUCCAAACACUGGCCUUCAUUUCCCCCCUCCCCAUCAGCCGCUGUCACCGCUGUGUGCUCCGCUCCAACGCCUCGUCGUCCCCGUCUCCGCCGCCAUCGCAGGAGGAGGCAGCGGCGGCUGAGGUGGUUCCAACAGCUGAGUCCUGCGUCAAUCUCGGUCUCCAGCUCUUCUCCAAAGGCAGGGUGAAGGAUGCUCUUGAACAAUUUGAGAAUGCAUUAGAGCUGAAUCCAACAUCUAUUGAGGCCCAGGCAGCGCUAUAUAACAAGGCAUGCUGCCAUGCGUAUAGAGAAGAAAGCAAAAAGGCUGCAGAAUGUUUAAGGGAAGCUUUGAGAGACUACAAUCUCAAAUUUGGUACCAUACUUAAUGAUCCAGACUUGGCGCCAUUCAGAGCAUCACCAGAAUUCAAGGAACUUCAAGAAGAGGCUUUGCGUGGUGGAGAAGAUAUUGGUUCUGGUUUCCGAAGAGACCUGAAACUCAUUAGUGAAGUACAAGCACCAUUCCGUGGUGUUCGAAGAUUCUUCUAUGUAGCUUUGACAGCAGCAGCUGGAAUUUCAACAUUCUUUACCAUUCCCCGACUUGUACUAGCAGUUCGAGGGGGUGAUGGCGCCCCUGAUCUUCUGGAAACUGCUGGAAAUGCUGCCAUCAAUAUUGGAGGUAUUGUUGUUCUGGUAGCUUUGUAUUUCUGGGAAAACAAGAAAGAAGAGAAGCAGAUCACACAAAUUUCUCGUAAUGAAACCCUUUCAAGAUUACCUGUGCGCCUGUCAACCAAUCGCAUUAUUGAACUUGUUCAACUCCGGGACAUCACUAGGCCUGUGAUAUUGGCAGGUUCAAAAGCAUCUGUUACUCGGGCAUUGCAAAGAGCUGAGAGGUAUCGGACUGAACUGCUCAAACGAGGCGUUCUUCUAAUUCCUGUGAUCUUUGGUGCUUCUCAGAAAGACCAAACCAAACCAAGGGGUUUUGGUGCAAGAAGAGCUGCUGCAUCAGUUCCUUCUGUUGGGGGUGACUUUGAAAAGCGUACUGAAUCUAUUGCAGCAAAAUCACGGUUGAAGACUGAGGUUCGGUUUAAGGCUGAUAUUGUUUCCCCAGAACAAUGGGAAAGUUGGAUACGAGACCAGCAAGUGUCUGAAGGUGUCACUCCUGGUGAGGAUGUCUACAUAAUCCUUCGUCUCGAUGGACGUGUCAGAAGAUCUGGAAUAGGCAUGCCAAACUGGAAUGACAUAUUACAGGAACUGCCACGACUUGAAGAUCUGAUGAGCAAACUUGAACGGUGAAAAAGGUGUGGGAGCAGCUAAAGUUUUACCAUUACUCUUUUUCCCCCAUUCCAUUCGCCUUGCCCUUAUCUGCUGAAACUUGAAGCUGGACCAUCGUAGUUCUUGUAUAAUAUAGUGAAAUUCUGCUAUUUUGUUUAUAGCUUGCCGAAGUUUUUCUGU